CCCGACCUGCUCAGUCCGUCGGUAUCCUGAGCAUUGAACGAGGAAAUAUUUGUUUUCAAUGCUACAUUCAAGGACACAGGAUAGUAAGGCGCCUGUGUAUACAUACUAUGGCGCCCACAAAGAUGCCCUUGCGGGCCGAUGAAGAACUGGGCAAGAAGGACGAUGAUCACCGAAUCCCCGAUCCAACAGGGUUUCGUCUCCUUCAAAAUUCAAGAAUCCAUCGCCCCCGGCGUCUUAUAGCAGUGCUGGCUACACUUCUCCUUCUCUACGAGUUUUUCAAGCACAUGCCCACAGACUUGACACCUGCGGCCGAACGAUACAAUCCGAAGAUCGCGGCGCUUAAAAAGCAGAAUCCCACGCCUCCUCUGGCAUCGGUACACUCGCCCACGCCACCAAAGGUUUACAUUUCACAAGAGGUAAACAUAGACCACAAGGAACAAGCGGAACAGGCCUCUUAUGAUGGCAAGAUUCAUUUCUACGAAUUGGCUCAAUCGCUGCCCCGCACACAAUGGCCUGCGACGUUGGCUAGCGAGGUAGUAUUAUUUGCCGCUGCAAGUCUUCGUAGUGUAUCAGAUAUGCUGCCAUUGGCUUGUGGAAUGGCUGCCAAGCGUGUGAAUCAUGUUCAUUUUGUCUUGAUGGGGAAGGAGGAGGUGUCCAUUGAUGGCAUUAAACAGGUGAACGGGAUCAGCGACCACGAGUGCCCAAUAACCUGGCAUGACAGCCGACCAGACCACGCACCCGAAUCUACCCAUGACCGACUGGAAAGGUCGGUGGCAGGGGGGUUUGAGAUCCUCCAGGCGUUCAUUGUUCCAGAAGUCAUGAUCACGCAGAGUCGAGACUGGGAAACAUCUUUCUUCUGGAACGGUAUCAAUACACAUAAGAGAGCGUCAAAUACUCCUCAUAUUGCACUUCCUGCCCCUUCGAUCAAUCUCAUGUGGAUGGCGCAUAUUGAUAGCACUGCUCUUCGAGUCUGGAACGAUGUCCAUGUCGACCUGGUAGUCCAUGCAUCUGAGUCAUCAAGCUCCCUAAUUCGGCUAAUCCGGUCAUUGGAUGCUGCCGAUUAUCUAGGUAUCGAGCCCCGUUUGACCAUCGAACUACCUCCCUGGGUCGGCGCAGAUUUGUUAGAGAGCUUGCAAAGUCUGAACGGGCUGUCUCAAUUGAAGGGACGCAUUACCCUGCGGCGACGUAUCCAACCCCACGACAUGGACCCGGUCGAGUCUUCCCUUCGCACUGUGGAAAGCUUUUACCCUUUAGAUCCGAAAGUGUCACACUUGCUCUUGUUGUCUCCCCAGACGGAGCUGGCCCCGUCAUUCUAUCAUUAUCUCAUAUAUAGCCUGCUGUCUCAUAAGCAUUCUGCUCGUGCACAGCGGGGGGCAUCGAGACUCUUAGGCAUUUCGCUAGAAUUGCCAUCUGUGAAACCAACUUCCGAGAGCGAGGCAUUUACUCCACCGGCGCAGCAGUCUGCUGAUCCGACUCGAGAUUCCAAGCAAGAAAAUAUUCCAUCCUUCCUCUGGCAAAUGCCUAACAGCAAUGCAGCACUUUACUUUGGAGACAAAUGGGCCGAAUUCCACUCGUUUCUUUCUAGUCGUUUGGCUAUCCCAGAGACAACUGUCGACAUUGCCUCGCGAGACAAGCUCCUGUCCAAUAAAUAUCCCGCUUUUAUGGAAUAUCUACUGGAGAUGAUAAGAGCCAAAGGAUACUACAUGAUUUACACCUCGUUUCCAGGACAUACGGCCGCACUUCUGGCCACGAUACAUACAGACCUGUAUCAUCCUCCCGAGGAAUCCGCACAUGGAACUCACCCCAAACUGCCUAACGUGAUUGGAGGAUUGUCAGCCGAAAAGCCGCUUGACCGUGCGCAUACCCUGAUGCCUCUGCUUGACACGUUCGAACUUGGGCAGCCUCUCCUUGAGUCGAUUCCUUUGCUUUCCUACGAUGCAGAACCCUUGACAGAAGAAAUGUUUCAAAUGCAGACCAUGGACUAUGCGAAUGACUUCAGAACUCGAUAUGGAAAUUGCUCUCAAGGCGAGGACUUCGUCGAUGAUCCUUCUGCACACCUGUUCUGUCUCGAAGUAUGAUCUGUUGAAGUCUAGAGGAUCUUUCCAUCCUACAAGUGGGCGGCGUUGUGAAGAAACAAGAAUCUCUGACGGCAAUUUUGAAGAUGAUCGAAAUUUGAAAUUAACACCCAACUUGAGUUCCAAAUCCCUUUGACAAUUAUGUCAGUAAUCUAGGUGACGAUAAAACUGUCGCCUCGGGAA